GCUUGACAUGAAGUUCCUGCUUCCUUCUUUGACAACUUUUGUUAAUCCUCUUGCAUCGUUGAGCCAGUUUUUGUUUUGCUACCUUUGGAACUCACAUCACUUUGCUUGCUAUCGCUGUACCCAGCGCUCCUCUCUUGGAGCCGUCUCUGAAGAGGCGUGGCUGACGGUGGUGCAGGUCUCGCGAGAAGACGAGUAUCUGUCACGGAAAAUGGCAGCCCCCGAGCAGCCGCAGCCCUUAUCUAGGGGAUGUGCGAGCUCCACUUCGAUUUCUUCGCCCCGGGGUGACCGAACCCUUCUGGUGAGGCACUUGCCGGCCGAGCUGACCGCCGAGGAGAAGGAAGACUUGCUGAAGUACUUCGGGGCGCAGUCAGUGCGCGUCCUGUCUGAUAAGGGGCGACUGAAACAUACGGCUUUUGCUACUUUCCCUAAUGAAAAAGCAGCUAUAAAGGCAUUAACAAGACUUCAUCAGCUGAAACUUCUAGGUCAUACUUUAGUUGUUGAAUUUGCAAAAGAGCAAGAUCGAGUACAUUCUCCAUGUCCCACUUUAGGGUCUGAAAAAAAGAAAAGGUCUGAUGACCCUGUGGAAGACGAUAAAGAAAAGAAAGAACUUGGUUGUUUAACAAUAGAAAAUGGAAUUGCACCAAAUCAUGGGCUGACCUUUCCUCUAAACUCAUGCCUCAAGUAUAUGUACCCACCACCUUCUAGCACAAUCCUCGCAAACAUAGUAAAUGCUUUGGCAAGUGUGCCUAAAUUCUAUGUUCAGGUACUUCAUCUUAUGAAUAAAAUGAAUUUGCCCACACCUUUUGGACCAAUUACUGCACGACCUCCCAUGUAUGAAGACUAUAUGCUAUUGCAUGCACCUCUUCCACCCACAUCUCCUAAGCCACCUGAGGAACCUCCUUUGCCAGAUGAAGAUGAGGAGUUAUCUAGUAAAGAAUCAGAAUAUGAGAGCAGUGAUGAUGAAGACCGACAGAGAAUGAACAAACUAAUGGAACUAGCAAAUCUUAAGCCCAAAAGACCAAAAACAGUAAAGCAACGCCAUGUGAGAAAAAAGCGGAAGAUAAAGGAUAUGUUGAUUACACCUUCGUCUGCUUCCCACAGCAAUUUACAUCCAGUGAUGUUGCCUUCCGAUGUAUUUGACCAACCACAACCUGUAGGUAAUAAAAAAAUUGAAUUCCAUAUAUCUACUGACAUGCCAGCUGCAUUUAAGAAGGAUUCAGAAAAGGAACAAAAUUGUGAGGAAAAAAAUGAUUUGCCUGCCACAGAAGUUGAUGCACCCAGUGUAGGGUUUGGAAAAAUCUUUCCCAAACCUAACUUGAACAUCACAGAGGAGAUUAAAGAAGACUCUGAUGAAAUGCCAUCAGAAUGCAUUUCUAGAAGAGAGUUGGAAAAGGGCAGAAUUUCUAGAGAAGAAAUGGAAACACUUUCGGUUUUCAGAAGUUAUGAACCUGGUGAACCAAACUGUAGAAUUUAUGUCAAGAAUUUAGCUAAACAUGUUCAAGAAAAGGACCUUAAAUAUAUUUUUGGAAGGUAUAUUGACUUUUCCUCAGAAACACAACGGAUCAUGUUUGAUAUACGCUUAAUGAAAGAAGGUCGUAUGAAAGGACAAGCUUUCGUUGGACUUCCCAAUGAAAAAGCUGCGGCAAAAGCCUUAAAGGAAGCGAACGGUUAUGUUCUCUUUGGAAAACCCAUGGUGGUUCAAUUUGCUCGUUCUGCCAGACCAAAACAAGAUUCUAAAGAAGGAAAAAGAAAGUGUUAAAAGUCAAUAAAGAAGCAUUCCUGCGUAAAUACUGCUGUAAUACUGUCAUGCAAAGUGUAUCCUUUCUUGUCGUAUCCUUUUGGGGGCAGUGUUUUUUUUCUUCCCCUAGAAAUGUUUGUCCCUCCUCCACUGUUGAUCCAGAUUAAGCA